CUCUAUAGCUAUGCGCCACUUUUGACGAAGAAGAAGAAGCUCUCUAGAUGGGGCUUGUGUGGCCGCGUUGGGCGAUUACCGCCUGGUACGCCACAGCCUUGCUUCUGCUGCAGUCUGUCAUAGCUAUAAAGCCUCAAUUAUUUGCCCAUGUUAAUGACCUACUCGCUGACGAAGAUGCUAUCCAUGUGGAUGUACCGAAAAACUUACAGGGGAUGCUGCACGGCUGGACGCAGUCGCAGGUUGGCGUGGACGAAGAACUCGAAGAUGAUUCUGCCUGGGUACCCUACUGGCAGCCUGAACAGCCUGACGAGGCAACGACACCCGUCAUAAAACAUGACUUGGACUUCAAAGGGCUUGUCACCACACCAAAACCCGCACGAGGUAACACCAUGUCGCCAAACAGCCUCAAUAUCAACUAUCUGCCCGUCGAGGUCCACGGUCCUGCUGGCGACACUGCUUCAGGAGACGCUGGAGGCUUCCGGCAAGAAGCUCCUUCAAGAGAUCUUUCUACGAGGCUUCAUGCAGUCCAGGUAGCGUUUCCCCCUACCGUCAAGACCGACCGCAAAGAUCCGGUGGCUUUAAGUGAUGUGAGACCCGAUAAACGUAAACCAGAACUCAAGACUAGUGCUGCAGACCUCCCAAGCCUUCUCGUACAUCUAGGAAGAACUCGCACUAAUGCAUCCAGUAAAACCUUCAGCAAUUCGUCUUCGGAGCGAGGAAGUGGAGACAUCCAGACACAUCCAGAAGGUUCCGAAUAUGGCUCUGGGACCACACGAGGGAUUUCGAGUCUUAAUGGCGCGUUCAGCGGGUCUUCUUCAACAGCUUCCCUCUCUCGUUUCUCGAAGACGAAGACGUCAAAACCAGGGAGGGGUGACUGGAAUGCUCUGGUCAUGCGGGAAUCGCGCCGAAUUUAUAACUUUAUGAAAGCACCGCUAUCACUGUGGCCCAGCUUUGGCUUCCAGAAACAACUAGCACUGUUUUGCACCAUCUUUUUCGCAUUUGUGUACGUUUAUACAUGCUGCGUACAGGCAGUGUAUGCGAAGCAUUUUUAUGAGAUUGCGUUCAAGCAAGACCUUCAAUAUGUAUGGGGGUCAAGCGAGAGUCAACGAAGCAUCUAAGCGUUUGCUUUGAAGUGGUCGCGUUAUAAAUCUUAGAUCUUUAUAUCUGG